AAGCACUCCAAAAACGAAUUAUAAUAUUAUGUUAAAAUAUAAACAGUAACGAAUAUCAGAAGAUGAUUCAUAACCAUAUAAAUUGCUGGUACUACAUAAAAUAUAAAUUAAAUAAGAUUUAGCAACAUAAAUUGCGUUCAUCUGAAAAAAAGAGACCACCCAGUCGUCCCAGAACAUCAUCUGUAAACAAGCCUCAAGUUGACAUAUUACUUGAAAUCUAAAUUCAAAAUGAAAUACUAUCUAAAGCUAUAAAUUCCUUAAGAAACACUAUUGACUAGUUUAAGGAGUGAAUUAAUAUAUUAUAAUAGUUAUAGUACUCAAUCUAGAAGUGGUUUGUGUUAUAGAAGCCCCUAAUAACAGAUUCUCUC